AUGGCUAAGCUUCGGGCUACGCGCAAAAAGCCGAUCGUCGUCUCAUCCGAGUCUGAGGCGGAUGAUUCACAUACACCGCCUCCCGCGCGUCCCAAGAGGGGCACACUAACAGGCGUCGCGACUGGGGCGCAUGGAGAAAAGAAGGCUACCCGAUCCAAGACACGUGCAGCCUCGCCCACGCGAUCGCGAGCAGUUCCUACUAAGAAGUCUCCAGCCAAAUCGCCGGCUAAAGCAAAGCCAGCAUCCAAGCCCAUCACUUCUUUCUUCAGUAAUAUACCGCGCUCGCAGUCGCUGCACCCCACGCCGAGCCCUGAGAAACCGGCCCUGUCAAUUGAAGAUGUAGACGAUAUCUUUGAUUCCUCAGACGAUGCGCCGUCCAUCAAGCCCCCGAAACCCCUCCCCGUUCGUAAGAGACCGAUCGCUGCGACAGCGCCAACGGACCCUGCCAAUGCUGUGAGCAACAGGCAGAAGUUCUUGCGAACAGCGAGCGGAGCGCGUAGUACAACACCGCUAUCCACAACACCGAUAUCGUCCCAGCCAGCGCGGCAGGAUACAGAAGACCGGCGGCCGUGGACUGAAAAGUACGGCCCAGUGUCGCUCGAUGAGCUCGCUGUGCAUAAGAGGAAGGUGGCGGACGUGCGGACAUGGCUCACUGACGUCUUCAGCGGCAAGGCACGCAAGCGAUUGCUGCUGCUCAAAGGCCCUGCUGGCAGCGGGAAGACCACCACUAUGUCCCUGCUGUCCAAGGAACUGGGCAUCCACAUGCAUGAAUGGAAGAACCCUAUAGGUUCCAUGUCAACCUCCGACAGUUUUGUGUCCGCUACUGCACAGUUCGAAGAAUUCGUUGGAAGGACUGGAGCCUUUGGUAGUCUGGCCUUCGAUGAGCCGACAAUGAGUGCCCAGACGGCUUCGUCGAACAGUCAGACUGAAAGGCAGAAGCAGCUGGUCCUAGUAGAGGAAUUUCCGAAUACAUUCACACGUACUUCUUCGGCCGUUCAAUCUUUUCGCUCUUCCGUCCUCAACUAUCUUGCUGCCAAUACGCAAUCAGCCACUGCUUUCUUUUCGACCCAGGUCGAUCCCGAGCAGCCAGUGACCCCAAUCGUAAUGAUAAUAUCCGAGACCCUGCUGUCUACCAACACGGCGGCAGCCGACAGCUUCACUGCACAUCGGCUGUUGGGCCCUGAGAUUCUGACCCAUCCCGGAGUGUCUGUUCUCGAGUUCAACCCAAUCGCCCCCACAUACAUGACAAAGGCGCUAGAAACGAUUGUUGUCAAGGAGGCGCGCCAAUCCGGGCGCAAGAAGACUCUAGGGCCACAGGCAAUUCAGCGUCUUGCAGAACUUGGAGACAUCCGCAGCGCUGUCUCCUCCCUCGAAUUCCUCUGCCUGCGAGGUGAUGAUGCGGAAGGCUGGGGCGCGAAGGUCAACCUCACGAAGAAGAAGGGCCCGAAAGACAUACCGAUGACGAAGAUCGAGCAAGAGUCGCUCGAAAUGGUGACGCAGCGCGAAAGCACUCUCGGCAUCUUUCAUGCUGUUGGGAGGGUUGUGUACAACAAGCGUCUACCGGAGGACCCUAACACACCCAUGGCACAUCCACCGAACUGGUUUCCCGAAAGGCGAAGACCGAAGGCCUCGGAGGUCAAUGUCGACACUCUCAUCGAUGAGCUGGGUACCGAUACCCAAACCUUUGUCGCUGCUCUACAUGAGAACUACGUCCUGUCCUGCGGCGCUGCAGAUAGCGAGGAAACCAUGGAUUCUAUCGAGGGCUGUAUAGAAGCUCUUUCCGAUGCCGACCUUCUAUCGCCGGACCGCUUCGGCGCUGGCGCUGGCCGACGGGCCCUCCAAGGUACUAGUGCGGACAAUCUACGUCAAGACGAGAUGUGCUUUCAGACGAGCGUGCGCGGGCUUCUGUAUAACCUGCCAUAUCCCGUCAAGCGCGUUGCACCGCCUCCAGGCAUCAUGGGCAUCAAGGCGAAAGGCCAAGGAGCAAGUGGUGGAGCGGCCAAAGGCAACGCGUUUGUCAUGUACUAUCCGGCGUCGCUACGGAUAUGGAAACAACAGGAAGAGAUUGAGGGCUCACUGGAGAUGUGGGUAUCAAAGGCGCAGCGUGGUGAGCUCUUUUCGACAGGGUCAACUACAUCGAAAGCGGCUUUCUUGAGCGGAGGAGUCGAGUCGUGGAAAGGCAAUACCUCGUUUUCACAGCCCUUAUCAGCAUCCGGCUCGAAAGAUGCCGAAGACGAUGCGCCAGCUUCAAUUCACCUUGGAAGUGGCGGCUCGGCGCGAAAUGAAAUGCUCCUGGAACGUCUACCUUACAUGACCACCAUCUUGCGCAAAUCACGCAUGCCGAACCCAUACACAGCAGCCACCGUGCGCGAAAUCCGGAAGAUCACAGCCUUCACCGGAAACGCUCUCUCUGGUGCCACUGAAGAAGAUGAUGCUGAGGAAGACAUUCGCCCUGGCGAGCAAGAGCAGUGGUCUACGGACAAACCGACUCUGGAGACGCCGAAGAAGAGAGGACGAGUGAAGUUUGAGAGUAAGGCACAAGAGCCGGAAACAGCGAUUGCUGGUUUAGCGGACAAAGGUGCUAGUCUCACGUUGAGUGAUGAUGAUAUCGAGGAUUGA